UUUGCAUUUGAGGCCAUUUGAUCGUUUUCGAGUUUUUUUUACAGAUCUGGCAAAUCUACCCUACAUGUUUCUUACAUAAAUACAAUACACAUUACAUUACGUAUUUGCGGCAGAAGUACUGCCUUAAAAUGAGACAGCGGUGUGAGGUAACCGAUGCGCUCGCGCAUUACUGACCUAACAGCUCUUACGUCAUCGUUUACAACUCUCUCACUUACUCUUUCUUUCUUUCUCUCUCACUUCUCUCCUCACUCUCCACAUCUCUCUCACUCCUGCUCCGCAUACGCCAGCAUGUGAUGAGGCAGCCCAUUGUCGUGCAUGCGUUCACUAAAAGACACAAAUAACAUGCCUUCGCACGCGCCCCACGCAUCGAGAUAAGCAAAUGCCAGUCGUUCGGAAUACUGAAAUCUUCUUGAAUGUUGAACAUACAACCCUUUCAUCGGUGCUCUCAAAUGCAGUGAUUGACAUGUGGGUGAGGAAUAGCACGCUCGAUCUGGAUGGAUUCAUACGGAUGACCGGUGCGGCUAUGUCGCAGCAUCAUCCUUAACCCACUCGCGGGGAUCUUUUUUUCGUUACGGUACGUGAAGAUGGCGACGGGAACGGGAUGGCACCAGACGUACAGCGCAGCUCCAGGCAACAAUGCUCCUGCUGCCUCUGGAACAGGGACCAGUCCAUCUUCUACAUCCAGCAAUCUGCUGUACGAUUCUGCUCUGAGCAUGGAGUACACUCAAGACCUGCACCUGAAGAUGAGUAAAAAAAUAGCACAACUCACUAAGGUCAUUUAUGCCCUCAACACGAAAAACGACGAGCACGAAGACGCGAUUCAGUCUCUCAAGGAGGCUCACGACGAUGAGGUGCAGCACAUCCUGACAGAGACUCGAGAGAAGAUCCUCCAAUACAAGAGCAAGAUCGGAGACGAGGCCGACUUGAAACGCCGCCUGCAGUCCCUGGAGGAAUCCGUGGAACUGCACGAGCACAUGAAACGUCAAGCCCUGGCCGAAUUCGAGAUGUAUCGCCAGCGCAUGGAGGACACGCAGCUGUGCACGGAGGCCCAGCACACGCAGCGCGUGGUCUCCAUGUCCCGCGAGGUGGAGGAAAUGCGGCACGAGUUCGAGGAGAAGCUGCGCUCUUUCAGCCAGGUGCAGGCUCAGUUCGAGCAGGAGAAACGGCGGGCGUUGGUGGAGCUCAAGUCUUCCCACCAGCAGGAGGUGGAGGAGCUGCUGGAAAGCCAGCAGAACCAGAGCGCGUCCUCCAGUCUGGAGCAGGAGAAGCUGGCGGACCUGCACCGCACCGAGCUGGAGUCGCUGAUGGAGCGCGUGGAGGAGCUGACACAGGACAAGGUCCGGCUGGUGGAGGAGUAUGAUGCUAAGCUGAGCAAGGCCCAGGCGUUCUAUGAGCGUGAGCUGGAGGCCAUGAGGCGGACGCAACAGCUCACGACAGAGAACCUGCUGGCCUGGAAGAGGACGGAGGUGGAAUUAAGAAAGGAGUUUCAGGUGCAAGAGGGAGCGCUUCAGAGGACGCUGUGCAAGCUCCGUGCUGAAUUACACAGAGCUCAGGAGGUGGCGCGAGAGAGCAGAGACAAAACCAACAGACUGCAGGCGUCUCUCAACAAUGCGGAGGUCACGAUCAAGGAGUUACACAAGCAGCUGGAGGAGGUGAUACAGGACGGCGAGAUUUGGGUGAUGCAGCUUAAGGACACAGAAUAUGAGCUGGAGGGAAGCAGGGACCGAGUUCAGCAGCAGGCCAAUGAAAUUCUUCACAAAGCUAGUCAAAUCGGCUCUCUUCAAGCGACCCAAAUGAGCCAUGAGGCCACUAUCAGGGAUCUAGGCUCCGAGCAGAACCGUCUGAAGGAGAAGAUCCUACAGCUGGAGGAGGAAAGAGAGGGUCUUCAGAAACAGAUGCACACACUUGAAGAACAACAGCACCAGAAGAUCUUCAAUUUAGAGAAGUCGCUCCGUGAGGAAAAGCAGAACUACGAGAUGGAGCUGGCACAUGUCAGGGCCAAAUACGAGGAGGAAACGUCUCGUCUAAAAGAAAGCCAUACGGAUUCCGUAGAAGAACUACAGGAGAAACACACAGUCCAGCAGGAGAGCGCACGUAAUGCCGCAGAGAGAGAGAAGAGCCAGUUACUCAAUGAGAUGAGACAACAGUUUGAGAUUCGAUGUCUGUCAUUGGAGGAGCAGAGGAACCACCUGCAGCAACAGUUGGAGACCAUACGGGAGGAACUUACUACUAAGCUGAAUAUGGCCAACCAAGAGGUGGCUCAUCUGAAGGAUCUUGUCAAAGAGAGCGAAGAAAAUCUAGAUAGCGCUGAGAGCCACAUCUCCUGUCUUAAAGACAGCCAGGAAAAGCUUCUCAUCGAGCUGGACGUCACCAGGGCGAGAGUGAGAGAGACAAGCAACCUUCUCACAGACCUACAAGAGGAGAUCGAAACCCAGAAACAGCAACACGAGGCUCGGAUCAUCGCCGUCAAAACGGAGGAGAAGCAGAAGAUGGACAAAAUCACGGAGGAGCUGGACCUGAAGUGGACCGACGCUCUGAGAGCCGAGCUGAAGGGUAUGCGAGAGGAGCUGACAGCCGAGUAUCAGGCAGAGAAACAGGUGGCACUGACGCAACUUUCCCAACAGAGAGAUCUGGAGAUGAUGGCAGCCAGAGAGAGCUGGCAGAGGAAGGUGGAGGACCUUUUGGAACAGAUCUCUCUGCUGAAGCAGAGCCUGGAGCUUCAGAUGUCGCAGUCGAAAAACGCUCUGCAGCAGUUGCAGGCGCAGUUUAGCCAGGAGCGCGAGCACCUGGCGCAGCAGCUGCAGGAGCUGGCGCUGGAGCAUCAGCACAGAGAGUGCCGCCUGCAGGAGGUCCACUGCUGCGCCCUGCAGGAUAUGGAGGACGCGCAACAGAUGGAGCUCAGGGACCUGGAGGACCGUAUGAAGCAGGAACAGAGGGAAGAGUUGCACGCUUUGCGAGAUGCUCACAGACAGACCCUGGAGAUCCUCCGGCAACAGUCAGAGCAGGAGCUGCAGACCUUACGCUUUGAGCUGGAGGAUGAGGGCAAAGCCAUGCUGGCUUCCUUGCGGUCAGAGCUCAAUCAUCUUCAUGCCACUGCCAUUGAACAUCUGAGACAAAUGCAUCUGAAGGAGAACAAGGCCGCCAAACGAGAGCUGGACAACACUAUUGAGCGCUGCAAAGAACACGAGCAAGAUCUCUUUGGGCGUAUGUCUGACCUACAGCAGGAGGUGAACUGUAGAAAGAACCGGAUUGCUGAUCUGGACCAUGAAAUCCACACUCUUAAUGAGACCAUCAGCACUUUGACCAAGGAACUGGAACUUAAAGGGAAAGAAGUUCUGCGUGUUCGCAGUGAGGCAAACAUACACAUCAGGGCUCAUGAACAGGACCUUUCUAAGCGACUGGAGAGGGAGAUUGAAGAGCUGAACGCGACCCACAACCGAGAGACCCAGAUCAUGCUGUCAGAUUUUAACAAAGCUCAAGAGCUGCUAAAAGACAAGAUCUCUGCUCUGCAGAUUCUAUUGGAAGGAACGGAGGAGAAGUUCAGGAACAGAGAGAGCAGACCAGAAGAUCUCCAGGUGAUCGCUGACCUGCGAGAAAUGGUGUGUGAGAGAGAAUCUCUGGUGAAGAAGCUUGUGGAUGACAAGAAGUUUUAUCAGCUGGAGUUGGUGAAUCGAGAGCCUGGCUUCAACAAAGUGUUCAACACCAAUCCUAAUGUUGGGGUCAUAAACCCCCUUAUAAAGCAUAAGAGUAGAAAACCUGCAAACGAUCUUGCCAGCUCUCCGAGCCCAAGUGAAGGGGCAACGGGCAGGUCCGUUCCUUCUUCCUGCCUUGAGUCAUUCCCCAACUCCCCCAUUCACCACCCUGAGCUCAGGUCUAGCAAAGCUCAACCCCCUCCGACCCCUCCGCCUCAGGCCGACUCCGCUCGGAGGUGAGACGCGCCUCGCCGUUUGACGUUCUUGUCUUCACAUACCGUACGAGAGACAUGCUUAAACCACAGAGCUGUCUGCCAUUGGUUGGAUCACACGGUCUCAGUCCCGUGCUGCAGUCGCAGAACCGUCAGUCUGUCUGUUGACGUUUUGAUGCGAGAACACAGCCGUGUGUGUCCCGAGUGAAUUGUGGAUAUGCUUGUCUCACUUUUUAGUGCAUCUCUAUGGGUAAACGGCACACACAGUUUGUAUCCAAUCCUAUUAUUUUAAUAUGCAUGGUAAAUCAUGCAUAUUAAUUCUGUCCGAUGUGUGUGUGUUGUGUACAGUUGACGUUUAUUGAAUAAUCACAAAACUGCACCGUUGAGACUGAAAAAGGACUGAAAUUUCACAAACUGUGUGUGAUCACACAAUGGCAUUGUAAAGCCAGAGCGAGCAUGCGGUUGAUCUCAUGACAUCAUCACACAUGCCUUCAAGAACACAUGAAUGUGGCCCGCCCAUUAGCUGUAUUCCAUCCUUUACAUUUCAUGCAUAUGUUGUUUUUGUGGUUUUAAAAUGAGCUAUUCAAAUGAUCUCCAGAUAUCUGUGGUAUUCCUGAUGUUCUUUUCCAAGUUACUGUACGUGGCGGCAGUCUUGCACAAAGCUUCGGGCUGAGGGAUAAUGUUAGUCAGCACUGGCACUGCCCCAUAUUUUAUUUAUCGUUUAGAGGAAAUACAAGUUCAGCAUGACUGCUUGGUGCCUGGGGUUAAUUCGAUGCUUGACCAGAGUAGCACAGCUUUCUAUUGGUCAAUCUGCGAUAUUUACUUGUCACAUUAUAGGAUUGUUCCUGCUGUCACCCAAAACAAAAUGAGACCUGACUUAAAAAAAUACUGCAAAAGGGAAAUACUGAAAAUAAACUGGCCUGAAGAAGUGUUUUGGACACUCAAGCCACACUUCUUUGCAUCUGAACCAAAUGCCAUAUAAACAUAAUGCUGCAUUGUUUUACAGAUUUAAAGGGAUAGAGCUGAAAAAUGAAAAUUCUUUCAUUUAUUCACUCUCAUGUCAUUCCAAACCUUUAUACAUUUAUUUUCUCUGCAGAACACAAAGGAAGAUGGUAACAAAACAACAUUGACCCCAUUGAUUUCCAUUAUGGAUCAAAACCACUAAGACAUUUCUCAAAAUAUCUCAUUUUGUGUUCCACAGAAGAAAGAGUCAUACAGGUUUUGAACAACAUGAGGGAAAAAUUACAACAGAAUUUAUGUCUGAACUAUUCCUUUCAUUUCUCUUUACAUUAGUUUUUUUCAAGACGUUUUAACAACUGGCCUUAAGGUCACUCUAGUGGAUAUAUACUUUAAGUUUCAGUCAAAUCGGACUGUUUUGGGUUAAAAACAAAUCGAAAAACAAUUUUUUGCAUGCAUUUUGACUUUUUUCCCGUUUUGGUUUUUCACAAAUACAGUAUAUCAAUCGUUUUAUCUUUUAAAACCCUACAAACAUCUUAUUUUUACAUUUUGCCUAUAAAGUGUGCUUAUGCGGUUUCCGUAAAUGAUACUUGGUGUUGUAUUUUGUUACUAUGAGCCAAAUUAACUAAACAGGGCAGAAUAGCGCGAGAGCGCUAUUUCAAAAAAGCACCAAUGGGAGUGGAAAUGUCUGCGGGUGAUUUACUAACAAGGCGCACAUUAAAAACCACAGUUGCAAUAUCUCAUUCCCAUAAUAACCAACGCAAUCUCUACCAAGAGGAGCGCAAAUUAGCGCAGGAAGGUGCGAUAGUUUUUACUUCCGUAUUUUGUCACAUUUCCGAGUGAAAUUGAAUUUCGAAUGAGAAAAAUAGUGGGCGUGGCUUUCGUCUUUCUCUGCGAUUUGAUUGGAUGUAUAAAAACAAUCGUUGCAUUUUGAAAUGGAACUGGCAGCAGACUGACAGUUGAAGGGGAGGAGUUAACGGAUGCUCCGCCCAAGCCGUCUAGCAUACGUCAUUUAAAGUGGACAGUUAUUACAGGACCGAGGUGCAUUUUCAGAUUUUAAUUGAAGAUUAUGAGGGCACACAAAUUUUAAAAAGAGAAUGACCCACAUUGACAAACUAUUUACAAUAAACGUAAAUAAAUAGACAUUGUAAUAUUUAAUUUCACUUGGACUUUAAGACAUGCUUUUUUGGGGGAGUUAAAUAAAGCCAAAAAUACCAGUACAAUGACGAGCGCAAACCUUAGAAAAGUAAAUCACAUUGCAUGAUUCAUUUAAAUCAUCUCCUCCCACAAAGUUAGCAUCUGAAGAGGAAACUCCUAUGCAAUAAGGUCAGUCGCAAAAACAGCUGUGUCCAUACCUUUUGGUGUCUUUAGUAAAUACCGACAGUAGUUUUUUUACAUCAAAAGAGCCAUUUGCGCUGCCGCAAUCUGGCCCCAAAUCUAAUGCAAUUACAUUCAUACACAUUUACAGUAAAUGUGGCUUGAUUGUGCAAAAUACCUUUUAGGGCCGCUGUGUACAUAAUGCAUCAUAUCAAGACAAGCGUGGAGUCUUUGACUAGAAUGUUAUCUUUAAAGUUGCAGUAGUGUGAUUGGUGUUUGAUUUCUGUGUGUUCUGUACAGCCCUCUUGAGUCUGAGGACGCAACUGUAGCACCAAAAGAAGAGGAACCACAAGAGCUAUUUUCACAGUACUUCUCCUUUUAAAGUUUUCAAGACACUCAACUAAAGAGCAUGUAAAACUGCGGUUUUCAAUAGUUCAUUGUCAGUCCUCGGUAUUUCACUGUGAUUUUUGUUAUUUUCCCUUUUUGAUAUAGGCAUUUAUUCAAUAUAAAAUAAGAUGCACAUUCAUUUCAUAUUAUAUUAAUAGAUAUGUCUUUUCUGGAUGGACUGAAACUGUUGGAAUACCAAUGUCUUGCCAGUUUUGACAAUAAAUCUCACAAACACGCAUAUCUGUAUUGGGCCGUCUUGUUACAAACGACACAUCAUCAACUGCAAAAAAACAGGUAGUAUCUUAUAUAUAUUAUGUAUGCCAAACACGUUUUUAAAACAUCUUACGUGGAAAUUUGCAUCUUUUGUUGGGUGGUAGUUUUACAAGCAUAGUAAAAAGUGUUUUUGGUACUUGAAAUAGCCUACUAUUUUAAGUGCUUUUUAAUAUGCUGCAAUUUCAAAGACUUCAAGGAAGACUACUCUGACUACUUGAGUUUCAUUUAAUCUUUUAGAACAUAUAAAAACAUUUUGCCGAUUUAAAAAUAUCCAUAUAACCUCUAUAUUUGUACUUUAUGAUAAUUUUCACAGCAAGUGUAAGAGACAUCAAUAUGUUAAAUGUACAAGCUAGUUUACAUCAGUGUCCACAUGCUUUUCUCUGUGCAUUAUAUAGGAUUUCUGAAGCUAGACUAUUCAUUUUGCAUUUCAACUAAACAAUUACAAAGAAAAUGUUUUGGACAUCAGUGUAAAAUACAUUUUCAGCCUCACAAGAGUUAAUGUUUUCUAUGUCAUUCUGCUUUUGUGAACAACUUCCAGCCUUUUGUUAGCAUACAGGCCUAUUUCUAUGUACAGUAUAUGCAUGUGUGUAACUCAUUGACAUUUAGAGGUCAAAUAUAUUGUUGCAACAAAGGUAAAUAGAGAAAGAUCAGUGCAAUCAUUUCAGCAAAUUGACACGUGUCGCAUCAUCAGGAGGACAUUCAGUUUCCCAAAACUGUCCAAGAUCUUGGCCGGUUGUCGUCUUU